GCUGACCGCCGAGGCGCAAACCGCGGAGGGCUCCGGCAGCGCCGAGCCCCGCGCCCCGCGCCCCGCAAGCGGCCGCUCGCCUGCCAAAACAAACGGCCCUUCGCUAUUUAUUGCCGCCGCCGGGCCACGGCAGCUCAGAGCGGGCCGACGCCAGCUCGCCGCACCGGGCAGCCGGAGCGCACCCGCCCCGGGCAGCCGCCGCGCCCCGCCGCCGCCGCCGGCACCGGCACCUGCCCGCCGGCUGCGCGCCGCAUGGGGAGCCCCGGGCCGGGCGGCGGGAGCGGCGGCCGAGCUUAGUGGGGACCCGGAGCCACCGGUGCCCCGGGCCGCCCCGGGGCCGCCGGGCGCGCCAUGAAGCCGGCGCGGCUGCUGCUGCUGCUGAGCGGGUGCGCGCUGCUGCUGGCGCCGGCCGUGCGCGGCUGCGGGCCGGGCAGGGUGGUGGGCAGCCGCCGCCGCCCGCCCCGCAAGCUCAUCCCGCUCGCCUACAAGCAGUUCAGCCCCAACGUCCCCGAGAAGACGCUGGGGGCUAGCGGCCGCUACGAGGGCAAGAUCGCGCGUAACUCGGAGCGCUUCAAGGAGCUGACGCCCAACUACAACCCCGACAUCAUCUUCAAGGACGAGGAGAACACUGGCGCCGACCGGCUCAUGACCCAGCGCUGCAAGGACCGCCUGAACUCGCUGGCCAUCUCUGUCAUGAAUCAGUGGCCAGGGGUGAAGCUGAGAGUGACGGAGGGCUGGGAUGAGGACGGGCACCACUCGGAAGAGUCGCUGCAUUACGAGGGCCGAGCUGUGGACAUCACAACCUCAGACAGGGACCGCAACAAGUACGGCAUGCUGGCUCGCCUGGCCGUGGAGGCUGGCUUCGACUGGGUCUACUACGAGUCCAAGGCACACAUCCACUGCUCUGUCAAGUCAGAGCACUCAGCCGCUGCGAAGACGGGGGGCUGCUUUCCCGGGCGGGCCCUGGCAACGCUGGAGGACGGUGCCCAGACGCCUCUGUGGGCACUGCGCCCGGGCCAGCGGGUGCUGGCAAUGGAUGGGGCAGGCAGGCCCACCUACAGUGACUUCUUGGCUUUCCUGGACAAGGAGCCCCGUGCCCUCACCACCUUCCACGUCAUCGAGACCCAGGAGCCACCGCGGCGCCUGGUGCUGACGCCCACCCACCUGCUCUUUGUGGCAGAGAACGCCUCGGCGCCCACCGCCCGCUUCCGUCCCAUCUUUGCCAGCCUGGUGCAGCCGGGACACUUCGUGCUGGUGGUGGCCGGGGGGGGCAGCCUGCAGCCCGCUGAAGUGGUGCGGGUGUGGCACCGCAGGGACGUGGGCGCCUAUGCGCCGCUGACACGCCACGGGACGCUGGUGGUGGACGGCGUGGUGGCCUCGUGCUUCGCUCUGGUGCAGGAGCAGCAGCUGGCACAGCUGGCCUUCUGGCCACUCCGGCUCUACCACAGCCUGCUGGGGGGGCCAGGGGUGCAGGGGGAUGGUGUGCACUGGUACUCAGGGCUGCUCUACCGCCUGGGCAGGCUGCUCCUGCCCCCUGACAGCUUCCACCCACUGGGAAUAUCCCAGGCGGAGAGCUGAGGGUGCGCCG